AUGUUGACCAGAACCCUCGAAAGAUUAGUUGAUAUGGUACCAUCGAAUGUGCAGCGUAACAAAACGACACGCUGCAAUGGGAUAGUGCUGUUUCAAGAUUUGGACAUGAUAGCAAGCAUAGUGGCGAAAGAACAGGCACUACUAAAAAUGAAUACAGCAGCAGCAGCAGCAUCGAGCACUUCAGAACACGGUCGUUUGGCAGGUUUUGCUAUACCAAAUCGCGCACAUACUCAGGUUAUAGUUAAUGGAGCACGAGAGAAUAUGUCAUCACCAAGUGAAAUGUCACCAACUUCAUGCUCUCCAUCAUCAUCCGACACAUUGCAGAGCACCCAAGGGGGGACCAGUACUGCAAUUCAUGCACAUAACGAACAUCCCGGCCCGGAAGACACUGCACCCAAAAGUGGAAAUGAGUCACCUGUGGAUGUGACGAGCCUCAUGAAAGGCCAGAGUGAUCUAAUGCCAUUCAUAUCUAUCGGUCACUUAAUGCCAUCGGCCUUUGCAAUAGGCUCGUUCAAUCUUGCCUAUCAGCAGCAUAGUUUGGGGCCAAGUAAUAGUUCUCAGCAACAGCAAGCAAGCAGUUCACGAGAAAGCAAUGUUCAAAGCGGUACCACAACGCUCCGUUCUAGGCAUCGCUCGAGCCACCAUGAUGGUCUUAUCAAAUGCCAUUAUUGUCCCAAGAAGUGGGCCGACCAAGCUGUGUUACGAGUUCACAUGGAAGAAUGUCGAUUAUUACGAAUGCAUGAAUGUCAACAGUGUGGUAAACGUUUCAAAGCGCGUGGUGGUUUGCAACAGCAUUUACGCAUACAUUCGAAUGAUCGUCCGUAUCAGUGCCGCUUUUGUCCGAAACGUUUCACUCAAAAGUCGCAUGUGGAUCAGCACGAGAGAAUUCAUACUGGUGCCAAACCAUUUUCUUGUCAGUUUUGCGGUCGUGCGUUCCGGCAGCGUUCUCAGCAGCUCGGACAUGAAUCAACCCAUGCAAGUGGACCUCUUUCGAUGAGUGCACAUUUACCGCACGCAAGCUCUCAUCACAUCAAGUUUGAAAACGCAAAUGCUGAUCAAGGAUGCAGCCAAGGAACAGCUGGAGAUGCCAGCACUGUUGAAAGAAAUGCAGCUGUGCAACAGCAAGCAGUGUCAGCGGUGGCCACCGCAGCAGCGGUUGCGGUAGCAGCGCAGCAGCAGGACCGCUUAAACAGUUCGGGAAGCAGUACUUUGAGCUUAAUGUCGCCGAAUGGUACUGGAUUGGCACAUAGUGCAGUCAGUUCACUGUUAGCAUUAAGUCAACAGCAGCAGACUCAAGGAAUGGCGAUGUCACAAAGUACUCAGCAGACCAUUGCCGAUGCUAUCGGUGCAAGGAAUAGUGCAGUUUGA